AUGUACGGUACGGUAUCUGAGCCGUUUGGCUUCUCGAAAACGAACACCCCCGGCGGAAAUGCCCGGUUACCCUCCCACGGCAUACCCAAAGUCCCCACGCAGGUCACCACCAUGCACCCCGGCUUUUUCUUUUCGGGAAAAAAAAACAACACCAAAAUUCUGAAGGAGCCCGCAAAAGCAGCUCGUCCCCAAACACGACUUCCCGUCCAGAGCGAUUUCUUUGAUCUGGCCAUUGAGAGCUCGAACCUUCGAGCACCUUUUCUGAUUUUGUUUUUUUCCCUAGGAGAAAUUCGCCGAAGAGUUCGUUCUAGACGUCGUCAUGAUAGUUAUGAGGCUAAGGAAUUGCGUGGGUUAUCGGGUACUGCUGUAAUGUCACUGGAGGAUCAGACAGCCAAGAAGCCACACACACAUGGGGAGCCAACGUGGAUAUAUAUAGAGGGCUGUUACGUGGCGCCGCGGGGUCUGUGGACAAGUCACAAUAAAUCACUCGGAAUAUUGAUUCCUGCAAAAUUUGAUUGA